CGUGUAAUAUUUAAGUGGAGAAGGGUCGAGGGGCGGGCCCAUUAUCCAACUUUUGUCAUUUUUUAUAUCUCAAGUAGUGUGGUCAAAGGCAAAAUAAAGUUUGGUGAAACCCCACAUAUAAAAUCCAUUCUCUCACAUCACAAGGGAAAAAUGAAGGAAAAAUACACAAGCUACCGCCUAAAAGUUUCCGGAAAAAUAGCUUUUUCGGGCAAAUCUUCUUACAAUGUCUAUGUUUAUUGUCAUGCAUUACAGGUGUUGACCUGAGUUGUAAUCUUUAUAUUUCAUCUGUUCUUUAUUGUACACUAGAAAAUAUCUCAGCUGGCUUCAUAAAAUAAGGAUUAACAACCUUGUAUAGUGACACUUCAACUGUUCAUUCCUACUUACUUUGUCUACUGACACUCCAACUGAUUGAUUCCUCCUAACUUGUAUAUUCAGAUUUGCAUCUAUAUAUUUAUUUCCUCCACAUUCUUUUACAUUUCAUGAAUAAAGCACACAUCUUUUAAAGUUACUCAUCUUUUUCUGAUUGCUUCAGCUAUAUAUUUGUUCCCUAUAGCAGAAGAUGAGAAAUUUGAUCUUUCUUUGGUAUCUUUAUCUUGCUUUCGUCUUGAGAAUUGAGGCUUUAACAUUUCAUAGGACUGAUCAACACACUGAAAGAAUUUCAGGAAGUGCUGGUGAUGUAUUGGAGGAUAAUCCUGUAGGAAGGUUAAAAGUUUUUGUGUAUGAGCUUCCUAGCAAAUAUAACAUAAAAAAGGUGCAGAGAGACUCGCGAUGCCUCAAUCACAUGUUUGCUGCCGAGAUAUAUAUGCAUCGGUUCCUGUUAUCCAGUCCUGUUCGAACGCUUAAUCCAGAGGAAGCGGAUUGGUUUUACACUCCAGUUUACACGACUUGUGAGUACUUGACACCACAUGGUCAUCCUUUACCUUUCAAUUCACCACGUAUGAUGAGAAGCGCCAUUCAGCUUAUUGCUUCUAGCUGGCCAUACUGGAAUAGGACACAGGGGGCUGAUCACUUCUUCAUUGUGCCACAUGAUUUUGGUGCAUGUUUCCAUUUUCAAGAAGCUAAAGCAAUUGAAAGGGGAAUUCUCCCAUUGCUCCAGCAUUCUACCUUGGUUCAAACUUUUGGGCAACGCAAUCAUGUUUGUUUGAAGGAUGGAUCGAUAACUAUUCCUCCAUAUGCUCCUCCACAGAAAAUUCAAUCCCACUUGAUCCCUCCUGAUACUCCAAGAUCCAUCUUUGUUUAUUUCCGAGGCUUGUUUUAUGACAGCAGAAAUGAUCCUGAAGGAGGGUACUAUGCAAGAGGCGCUCGAGCAGCAGUGUGGGAGAACUUUAAGGACAAUCCUCUCUUUGAUAUUUCGACAGAUCAUCCAACCACAUACUACGAAGACAUGCAGCGAGCUAUCUUUUGCUUGUGCCCUCUCGGAUGGGCUCCAUGGAGUCCGAGAUUGGUUGAAGCUGUUGUAUUUGGAUGCAUCCCAGUUAUAAUAGCAGAUGACAUUAUCUUGCCAUUUGCUGAUGCAAUUCCAUGGCAAGAUAUAGGAUUGUUCGUAGCAGAGAAAGAUGUUCCGUAUUUGGAUAACAUUCUUACUUCUGUUCCACCAGAAGAAAUAUUGAGGAAGCAAAGAUUGCUUGUCAAUCCUUCGAUGAAGCAGGCUAUGUUAUUUCUACAACCUGCUCAACCAGGUGAUGCUUUCCACCAGAUCUUGAAUGGACUUGCUCGUAAAUUACCCCAUCAUCGCAAGAGCAUAUACAGAGACGUCGUCUUGAACUGGACUGCUGGUCCAGUUGGCGAUUUAAAACCUUGGUAGGAUUGAGCUGCCCCUCCACAUUUACUCGUUUUACCCUUUAUUUGUUGAUUUCCUUCUUCGCUUAUAACGUCUAUUUAUUUGUAUUUAUACAGAGAAUGCAGAAUUUUGGGCA